GCGCGCUAAGUUUAUAAAUGUAAAAAUGUUUAUUGCUACAAUGUUUGUGUAAAAUUGAGCUUUUUUCUUCCAUAAAGGACAAAAAAAAAAAAAAAAAAAAAAAGGAACUUGAUGGAUUCUAAAAAUCCAAACCUCUGACUUUUUUUUUUUUUUUUGCUGUAGCUGCAUUUUUAUGUAUUAUAAGCAGCAAAAUUUGUGCAUUGAUGUUCUCGAAUUCUUAUAUAAAUUGAAAGGAAAUGGCUUUGAGAAAUAUAAUUCCGGUUAAUUAUAGUAUUCUAAGGUUCUCUCACAGGAGUUGUCAGCUAAAUAAGACUAAUGAAGAAAAGCAUUCAAGAUUUAAUGCAAUAAAUAUACAAAUGCUUUCUUAUGACCUUCAUCGACAAAUAUUUGGAACUAAACGUGAAAUAAAACCAGAUGCAAAAACUUUAUCUAAAGUUAUAUCUCACCUAAGCCAACAUAAUUUAUGGGAAGCUGAAACCAGUACUCUGCCUGAUAUAAACUUCAAGAUUCCUGAUCUAUAUAAAUCUGACAUUGAAAAGCAUUUUAAAUACAUAGCAAAUCAAUUACUAUGUGAUUACAAGAAUUUGCUAGUCAAGCUUUUAAAUUCCAAACUUCCAAAACUGCCACAAAGGUGGAAUCUAUAUGAAGGAUGGAUGCAAUACGAUAAUUCUGGUGAAGCAAGACCUGUAGAUUUUCCUGAAGAAUCUGCAUUAGUUUUUGAUGUUGAAGUCUGCAUGCAAGAUGGAAAUUUCCCUACAAUGGCUACUGCUGUAUCUGAAAAGUACUGGUAUUUAUGGUGUAGUGAAAAAUUAGUCCAGAAUCAAUUUGUGCUGUCAAAGAAUGUUUCCUUGAAUGAUCUUAUACCUCUAGAAACAAAGAAAGGAGAGGUGAAACCUCCAGGAAAUGAAAAAUGGGUUCCAAGACUUAUUAUUGGGCAUAAUGUGGCUUUUGAUCGAACAUAUGUGAAAGAACAGUAUUUUUUAGAGCAAACCAAAGCAAAGUUUUUGGAUACUAUGUCUCUACACAUGUGUAUGUCUGGUUUAACUGGACUGCAAAGAGCAAUGUCUAUUGCUUAUAAGAAAACAGAAGGCAACAGAAACAAGAACACAGAGAAUGAAGUAGAGAAUGAUUUUUUUAACCCAAGUCUGGGUUGGUCAAACAUUAGUUCCUUAAAUAAUCUAUCUGAUGUAUAUAAAUUAUAUUGUGAAGGAGUUCUAGAAAAAUCUGCAAGAGAAAUUUUUAUCACAGGAUCACUUAGUGAUGUAAAAGAUAAAUUUCAGGAACUAGCAACUUACUGUGCCCUUGACACCAUGGCUACGUAUGAAAUACUCAGAAAAAUAAUGCCCAUGUUUUUUCAGAGAUUUCCUCAUCCAGUAACAUUGUGUGGAUUAUUAGAAAUGUCGUCUGCAUAUUUACCUGUAAAUCAAAACUGGGAAAGAUAUCUUCAUGAAGCACAGUCUACAUAUGAUGAUCUACAGCAGGAGUUGAAACAUUCUCUCAUACAUUUAGCUAAUGAUGCUUGCUCCUUGCUUCAUAAUGAUUUAUAUAAAGAUGAUCCUUGGCUGUGGGAUUUAGACUGGUCUGUUCAAAGUAUCAAAUUUAGAAAAGCAGCUCCUGAAACAACAAAGAAGAGAAAGAGCAAAAGCAAAAAAGAAAUUGGUACUGAAAGUAAAGAAAAAAUAUCUGAUGGCGAAUCUAAGCAUCCUGUUGCUGAAGAGCAUGCUAUUCCUGAAAUUGAGAAAGAAAAUUGUGAUAAGUCUUUAGAUUCAUCUGUCCAAAAGGUUUAUAAAUCUGCUGCAACUUUAAGAAAAGUUCGUCCAUUUUUACCAGGUUAUCCAGCCUGGUACAGAGAUCUGUGUGACAAGAAUAUUGCAGAUAACAUAGAUUGGGAACCUGGCCCAAACCUUAUCAGCACUCAGAUGCGCAGUGUACCCAAAUUAAUGCGCUUGACAUGGGAUGGAUUUCCUUUGCACCAUGAUGCUAAACAUAAAUGGGGAUACUUAGUUCCCAAUUUUAAAACUGCAGAUAUUACAGAUAAUUGUCAUUUUCCAUUAAAGAAUUUUUUAUGUGUCGUUUAUCAUAAUGCGAAAACAAGUUCAAAACCUCAGAAUGAGCCAAGGAUUGACUUAUUUUGGUCCAAAAUAAAAGAGCCUGCCGAAAAUAAAAAAGAAGAAGCUGAAAUCUGGAAGUCAAUCUUAGCCAAAGGAAAAAAAGAAAAUCCUGUCAGUUCUGAUGGAGGAGAUCUCAGUAUAGGACCUCAUGACAUUGGUAUUGAUGGUUGUUUAUUUUAUCGUCUCCCUCAUAAGGAUGGCCCUCAUAAAAGAGUUGGUAACCCUUUGUCAAAAGAUUUUUCCUUUAAAGUUGAAGAUGGGACUUUUAAAACUUGGGGUGAAGGCCAAGCUGAUAGAGCUCUUCUGCUUAGUAAGAUGAUAUCAUAUUGGAAAAAUAACCGUGAGCGUAUAAUCUCUCAGAUGGUUGUGUGGUUAAAAGAGGAAGAAUUGCCUGCUGCAGUUAAAUUGAGCAAACAUUAUGAUACAGAUAAUUCAUAUGGUACAAUACUCCCUCAUUUAAUUCCUGCUGGAACAGUGACAAGAAGAGCUGUUGAACCAACGUGGCUUACAGCUAGUAAUGCUUAUGGGGAUCGUGUUGGAAGUGAGUUAAAAUCAAUGAUUCAAGCCCCACCUGGAUACCAUUUUGUUGGAGCUGAUGUUGAUUCUCAAGAACUGUGGCUUGCAGCAAUAUUCGGGGAUUCAAUGUUUGCAAAAAUUCAUGGAUGUACUGCUUUUGGCUGGAUGACUUUGCAAGGAAAAAAGUCUGCUGGUACUGACAUGCAUAGCAGAACAGCUGCCUCUGUUGGCAUUGCUAGGGAUCAAGCUAAAGUAAUUUAG